CUCAGGCUCUGCGCGUGCGCGUACCACUGACUAAUGCUCACAAAUCGUGUGUCAGCAAUGCUGAGCUGUGUAUAUAGCCUCUGAGCCUUUCCUUUCCUUCUACUCUUCUCUACUCAAUUGCACCCAAGCUCACAAUGGUCAAGAUCGCUAUCAUCUCAUACUCUACCUACGGUCACGUCUACACCCUCGCCAAAAGCGUCCAAAAGGGGGUCCAACAAGCUGGUGGUGAAGCUGAUUUGUUCCAAGUCCCUGAAACCCUAAGUGAUGAUGUUUUAGCCUUAAUUCAUGCUCCUCCAAAACCUGUUGAUAUCCCAAUUGCAACUACUGAAACUUUGGAACAAUACGAUGCUUUCAUCUUUGGUAUCCCAACAAGAUAUGGUACUUUACCUGCUCAAUGGUCUGCUUUUUGGGAUGCCACUGGUGCUCUAUGGGCUAGUGGUGCCCUAUAUGGUAAAGUUGCUGGUGUUUUCGUCUCAACUGGUACUCCAGGUGGUGGUCAAGAAAUGACUAUUAGAAACAUCUUGUCAAUCUUAACCCAUCAUGGUAUAAUCUAUGUCCCAUUAGGUUAUAAAAACACUUUCCCAUUAUUAACCAAUUUGGAUGAAAUCCAUGGUGGUUCUCCAUGGGGUGCUGGUACUUUUGCCGGUGGUGAUGGUUCAAGAACUCCAUCUGAUUUAGAAUUGGAAAUCGCUUCUACUCAAGGUUCUUCUUUCUACACUACUGUUAAGAAAUUUGGUAAAUCAUCUACAACUACAACUGGUGCUGCUGCUGCUGCCACUACUGGUGAAGGAAAAUCUGCUAAACCAGAAACUACAAAACAACAAGAAACUUCAACUACUACAGAAACUCCAAAAAAUAAACAAGCUAGACAAGAACAAUCUGCACCAGCUCCAAAAGAAUCUAAAUCUGAAGGUGGUGUUUGUGCUAAAUGUAUAAUUAUGUGAUGAUACUUCUUUUUUUCCAACGCUACACAACUGUUAGAUCUUAAUAUAUAAUAUAGUUUUUCAUAUGAUAUUAAUUUGUACUCAUU